AUGGCUUCCCAAAAACGAACAGCCGCAGCGAACGACUUUAUCGCGUCCGUCGGGGCGCUCUUCGACGAGGCAAAACUCAAGGGCUUCACAUCCAUUGAAGAUAUAAAGUGUCUCAACGGCAGGAUCAUCCAGCACAUCCUAUCAAACAAAUCAACAAGGCCUGCCUACAAAACCAUCCUGUUUCCAGACAGCCGGAUCCCUGCUACCAUUGUAGCAAGGCCGCCUAAUAAACUGCGCGUUGAAGGCGAGAACUUGGAGCGCCUGAAAGCCACGGAUUCGUACAGGGAAUUCGUGGGAUAUCUCCGCCGCGCACUCACCACACAAAAGGAUGCGAAAAAACGGCUCGGCGAUUGGAAGGGAGAUUGGAACCGUCGAAAGAGAGCCCGAAGGUCUAGGCAGCAGAGGACAGUCCUCAGCUCCCCGUCUCCGAGCGUCGACCAUGCCGAGGAAAGCGAUGCGGCAACCUCAGAAUCAAAGACAAAUCGGGGGGAAGAGUCAACAAUCCAAGAAUGCGACUCCGGAUCUCUUUUGGGUGAACCAUCCAAGGGCGAAGGGGCCCAGACAUCCUUGAUGACACCCGAAUCAGAAGACAUUCCAAGGGACACGCACAACAUCUUCUCAGCAGAAGCCGAAAGAGCGACGAGUCAAGAACUCACCGAAGAGGCAAACGAAGAGAAACUUGAUGACCUGUAUGCCAAUCGACAGCCUAUUUCGAUCAAACUGAAGGUUGGAGAAGAUGAGACUGGGCAAGAGGAGCGUAGUCUUCGCUCUGAAGAAUCACCAACACCAGAAACCCCACUGCAGCGCAUGCAAGCUGCUUUACCUCAACUCAAGAGCGACAUCGCUCAACUCCCACCCGCGAACUGGGAAGAGUACGAAGCCAAGCUUACAAAGUUUUAUUCUUCAUCGAAGAUUGCCACUCUGGGUUUCCCCGAUCUUCUAAGCAAAAUCAGAAGGAUCGUAUUCCUGCCCGAAGAGCUCGAGGUCGCUGUAGACGGAGAUUGGGAAAGACUACCUGCUGCGGUCAACAUCUGUGUCAUUCUUGCCGAAGCAACCUCCCUCGAGCCCGACGACGCCAAACAAGGCCUGACCAACAAGUGGGUGGAGGAUAUGACCCAUUUCAUUCCCUGGCUCAAGAAGGCCACUCGAUACGAAGCAUAG